AAAAAAGUAAAAAAAAAAAAAAGAGGAAUAGAGAAAAAAUUCUUGAAGCUUUGGAUUCUUGGGAAACCCAGAAAAUCAAGGAAGCUUUUUAAUUUUUUCUUGGAUGAUUGAGAGAAAUGGGUGGUGGCUGUGUUGAUUUCUUGUGGGCUCAGUCAAUGCUUUUUACCAUUCAAAAGAAUGAGAAUUAGAAAGUGGAUUGACAAGCGCAAAUUCGGGUUUAGUGGGAGACUGAGGAAGAUGAUGAAGUGCAUUUUUUCGGGGGAGCGUUUAAGAGUAGAGGAAAUCGUUCAUUCAUCAGAGUCCCUGGCAACUCGGGACUAUUCAGCAAGUGGUUACUCUUCUCGAGCUGGUGAGCCUGAUACAAAGGUGGAUACCAGCAAUAUUGAAGAAGCUGAAUCAUCCCUUCGUGAGAGUGGUUUUCUGAACUACGAGGAAGCAAGAGCUUUAUUAGGUCGGCUUGAGUAUCAAAAAGGAAACAUAGAGGCUGCUCUGCAUGUAUUUGAAGGAAUAGACAUUGCUGCUGUGACUCCCAGGAUAAAAAUCUCCAUUGCCAGAAGAUGUGAGCUUCCCAGACGCUAUUCACAAAGUGAUACUGCACCACCAAUGUCUAUGCAUGCUGUUAGUUUACUCUUUGAGGCAAUGUUCCUCAAAGCAAAAUCAUUGCAGGCUCUCGGGAGGUUUAAAGAAGCUGCUCAAUCAUGCAAAGUAAUUCUGGACACUGUUGAAUCUGCAUUGCCAGGAGGUUUGCCCGAAAGUUUUGCAGCUGAUUGUAAAUUGCAGGAAACCUUAAACAAGGUUGUUGAGCUACUUCCGGAGCUGUGGAAACUCACUUGGGCCCCCCAAGAAGCAAUUUUGUCGUACAGGCGGGCUCUCCUCUAUCAUUGGAAUCUGGACAUGGAAACCAGAAUAAAAAUAGAAAAGGAGUUUGCAGUUUUUCUUCUGUACAGCGGUAGUGAAGCAACCCCUCCAAAUCUCCGCUCCCAGAUGGAAGGUUCCUUUGUACCACGGAACAAUGUAGAAGAGGCUAUUCUUCUGCUAUUGAUCCUCCUUAAAAAAUUUGCCCUCAAUAGAAUUGGGUGGGAUCCAUCAAUCUUGGAUCAUCUUUCUUUCGCGUUAUCUAUUGCUGGUGAAUUGAGGCCUCUUGCCUAUCAGAUUGAAGAGUUACCUCCUGGGAUUAAGGAAAGAAAGGAAAUAUAUAGCACUCUAGCUCUAUGUUACUAUGGGGGUGGUGAGGAUAUGGUGGCUAUGAAUCUCUUGAGGCACCUGUUCAAUGAUAGAGAGAACCAUAGCUGCACAUUUGAGUUAUUAUUGGCUUCAAAGAUUUGCGGAGAGAAUUCUAAUUGCCUUGACGAAGGGAUUUACUAUGCUCGCAAAUUGCUCUCCAAAUCUGGGGGAAGGUGUGAGCAGAUGGUGAGUUUUACAAAUUGCUUACUUGGUAUCACACUUUCAGCUCAGUCAAAAGUGAUUGCUUCUGAUUCUCAGAGGAUUGUGCAACAGUCUGAAGCACUUGAGGCUCUAGAAACUGCCAACAAAGGGAUGAGAGAAAGAAAUCCUGUUGUCCUAUUCCAUCUUAGUUUAGAAAAUGCCGAGCAGAGAAAAUUGGAUGUUGCUCUUCAUUAUGCAAAGCAGCUGUUAAAACUGGAGGCCGGUUCUAAUGUCAAAGGAUGGAUCCUUCUAGCACGCAUAUUAUCAGCUCAGAAACGAUAUGUUGAUGCUGAGAAUAUAAUUAAUGCUGCUCUAGAUGAGACAGGAAAGUGGGAUCAAGGGGAAUUAUUGAGAACUAGAGCUAAACUCCAAUCUGCACAGGGUAAAGUAAAGAAUGUCAUAGAGACAUAUACCCAUCUUCUUGCGGUUCUUCAGGUUCAAAGUAAAAGCUUUGGAAUUCAGAAAAAGCUUUUGAAGGUAUGAUGCCAAAUGACUAUCAUGGUAAACUAUUGUGGAGACUUCUUUGUGAUAGAAUGUGUGGAAUGGAGAAAAUCCCCUCAUUCUAGGCCUAAAAUUCAAUAGUUCACAAAAUUUGAUAGUUCAGUGUUAGUUGCAUUUACAUUUAUUUUUUGCAGAAGCAGGGAAACAUCGAUAGAAGUUUGGAAAUGGAAACAUGGCAUGACCUUGCAAAUGUAUACACAAGUUUGUCACAAUGGCGAGACGCUGAGGUCUGCCUUUCAAAAUCCAAGGCUAUCAAUCCUCAUUCUUCUUCCAGAUGGCAUUCCACAGGUUUACUCAAUGAGGCACGGGGUCUCCACAAAGAAGCCCUGAAAUCGUUUGAGAAGGCGCUGGAUGUAGAACCCAAUCAUGUCCCUAGCUUGGUUUCAACAGCCAUUGUUCUCAAGAUGCUCAGCGAUCAAUCGCUUCCAGUCGUGAGAAGCCUUCUAACUGAUGCAUUGCGGCUUGAUAGAACAAACCCUUCUGCAUGGUACCAUCUUGGGCUACUUUACAAGGCCGAGACAGGUGCAUCAACACUUGAAGCGGCAGAAUAUUUUGAGGCUGCAGCUCUUCUUCAAGAAUCUGCACCUGUCGAACCUUUCAGAUAAUCUGCCAGUACAGCCCUACCUAACACGUUGUCUUACGUAAAUUAUUUUCCAUAUUGAUAAAUUGAUGUGUAGAACCUAGUGUAAUUCGAUAAAACAAACACUGUCAAAAGGUAUAUGAAUUUUUUGUCCUACCUUUCGUUCAAAACUAUCCAUGUCAGGGAGAUGAGUGAAGUUGUAAACUGGGGUCACUUCAUGUUGGAGUUUAUAUAGAAUUGUGUUUAUAACAGGUGAUU